UACGGCUGAAUUGUAUUUAAAAGUAUUUAAUUUUUCUGUAAACAAUGAGCCAAGCAGAUAUAAAACAUUCUUUAAGGAAAUUGGAGUUUCCAACAUGCGUUAAAGAGGCUUUACCACGUAUCGAAAGCAUUAUCAUUGGUCGUGGGAAACAAAACUUCAUAAUGCAGUUAAUAUCAGAAUUUGUGUUUUUGGAACGAAGCAAGGACAUCGACGUACGCAGAGGGCAAUCACCACAAUCAUAUGGCAACAUGCACAUGAAUAAAAUACAAGAGUUCCAAUUGAUAUUAGUGCUGAUUGAAUUUUUUUCACAGCCUGGUCCGGAUUCAACUAGAAAUGCCGUAUUUCUGUCAUUAUUUGGUACCAACUUGACCCCACAACGUUCGAAAAUAUUGUGUAAACUGAUUAGUACAGCGGUAUCUGGCUCAGUCGCGCCACUACUGUCUUCGGCCGGAACUUGGAUGCAACAGGUUGGUUGCACAACCGCUCCAUCUUUGGAAGUUGCUCAAAGUUUGGUUAGCGACUUUAUAAUAUUUUCUCGUAAAACUUCCGAACAAUUAAAACAAUUGCCUUUGGUGGCGCCCCACUUUGCCGCCAAUUUAAUGACAGCCGUAGCUGAUUUAUACUUAAACGAACAAAGAGGUGUUUUGACUGCACCACCCGAUGCACUUUUAGAUGUAUUCUGCGAAUGGAUUACUGAAAAUCCUUCCCUAUGCUUAGCUUCACAACAACCCUUAGCGUUGCCAAUUGGUGCCAUAGCAAUGCCAGUCGUAACCCCACUUGCUGGUCUAAUCAGGUGGUCGGUGUUGUCGCCGCUUGUUUCGACUAGAAAUACUUACAGUAAUUUACAUUUGUCUUUGCUGCAAACGCUUUUGGAAAUUGUUAACAAUGGACCACCAACAGCUCUAAGCGUUCAACAUUUGGCUAUGAUAGCAGUCCCUUUAAAAAAUCAUGCUGCCCGAUUAACGGCAGACCAAAUUGACCCAUCUACAAACGUAGAUUUUCAAAAAUGUUUGGAACGUUAUGCGCAGGCCGUUCAAGUUGGCCUAAGUGGGAACUGUGUUUAUGGAAAUGUAUCCCAAUUAUUGUGUGCCCUGGAAUCUUUACCUCCUCAUAGUCUAAUGAAAAUUGUAAUUUCAGCAAAUAAAAGUUUAUAAAACAUUUAAUCUA